UUGGAGUAAGUCUAGCCCCGACCAGUCUCAUAGCAGCUCACAUUGCAGGAACUCAGCCUGUAGUUUGUGUGAGUGGGUUUCACUUUCAUAAAGGAAAUACCCACAGUUUCACAGUUAGUUUGCCAGAGGACAUUAAAACCACGGACUUCGUGUUAUCAAGACCAAUGCAUGAUCACGUGACCCGGAACCUGUGUCUGGGACUGCUGUGUGUGGCUGCUGUGUGUAGCGGUAAACAAGUCUGUACCUUCACUGGGCUCGCGGACACUGCCGGAAAUAACAAUGACUGGAGAGAUUACAAGUUUAUGGCGAAUCCUGACAACUGUAAGGAGAUUUGUCGCUCCGAACCGUGGUGCACUGCUGCAGAGUUCAACUUCUACAGCCGCUCUUGUUACCUGUUCAAAGGAGACACGCCCCUGUCCCACAAAAAAGACAGCGUAUUCAUGAAGAAAAGAUGCACCGAAGUUACAACGACUUCCCCGCCGGUGGAGCCAACACCUGAAUCCAAAACACAAAUGUCGACAUCCACAGAAACCAUUACCCGAGCGCGGAGAGCGUCCAAGAGCUUGACAACUGAGAAAGUUCGUCCACCCAAAAGGAAGAAAAAGGGAAGUAAGCCAGUGUCGCUCAUGGUUAAAAUGCUGUAUCGACAGUCUGUAGAGGAUCGAAUAACCUCAACGGUAGAAUUCACAACUACGGCAGCACCAACUACUCCCAUAUCAACAUUUUCAAUCACAAAGAAAUUACAAGUGUCCACAACAUCCAAACCGAUUCACGUUAAACGAUCCAGGAAGAGGAUAUUUGUCCGCAAGUCGCGGAGGAGACAACAUUCACGAAAGACAAAGAAGAAGCCAAAAAAAUUCCGAAGGAUUAUAAAGUCAAGGAAACCAACCCAGCCUCCUAAAACAGUUGUCAAGAAAACGUCAGCGCCAAGGCUCAUUGCAUCGUACGCUACCCGAAAAAGCCCCCUCCUAUCAAAAUUAACACAAACUCGCAAGACAGUAAAUAUCGCUCCAACAACGGCUGUUCCAUUUUUAGAUCUCAAUAUAGAAGAUUCAUCGAAAGAAAUUCGCAUAAAGCCAGAAAAUGGAACAGAAAGAAAACAGCAAUCUACCUAUCGUAUGCCUGUGAUAAGAGUACGCUCAAAGGUAUCAGUUAAUCCGAUUGCCAGGGAUGCCAACAGAGUGGAUGCUUCUCGUCAACACAGUGGAAUGACGUCAGCGAGACGUGGUUGUUUCUACCGUUGCACGCCCGCGUGGUACACAAGGUAUGGACAAUUUGUUCCGUUCACGGGGAGAAGUUAUUUUCAGUCACUAUAUCGUAUACGGAUUCCAGUAAGGCUACGAAUUCCAGCUUUUCACCAGAAACACCCGGUACAACAUCCUCAAAUGACUGAUAAAAAACAUUUGCAAAAUGCGAAUAAAAACCAAAGACAGAUCCCUUGCAAAAACUCAACACUGCAUCAAGUACAGAAAUCAGUUACGAAUCCUGUCCGGAAUCCUGGUCACAAGCCUGUCCAGAAUCAUGGUUACAAGCCUGUCCAGAAUCAUGGUUACAAGCCUGUCCAGAAUCACGGUUACAAGCCUGUCCAGAAUCCUGUCCAGAAUCAUGGUUACAAGCCUGUCCAGAAUCCUGUCCAGAAUCAUGGUUACAAGCCUGUCCAGAAUCAUGGUUACAAGCCUGUCCAGAAUCAUGGUUACAAGCCUGUCCAGAAUCAUGGUUACAAGCCUGUCCAGAAUCAUGGUUACAAGCCUGUCCAGAAUCCUGUCCAGAAUCAUGGUUACAAGCCUGUCCAGAAUCAUGGUUACAAGCCUGUCCAGAAUCAUGGUUACAAUCCUGUCCGGAAUCAUGGUUACAAUCCUGUGUAUUAUCCUGUUCAACAAUACUGGCGGCAACAGAUAGCGCAUGUCAACUUCAACCCUUGGUAUCCACCUCGACAUUCAGCCGUAGCUUAUUAUACUCCUCAAAGAAACCCAUGGGCCAACAACUUUCAGAAAGCUCAGCUGGUUCCCAAAAAGACGCACCAUGUAGCUGUGAUUCCCGGAGGCCUUUACCAGCCCGUUCCUACAAGAAGACGGGUUUACAAGCAGCCUUAUACAUACAAGCCUAAACCAACCGCAACACACACUCCAAAACCACCGAAGCAGGACGCAAAAACAACUGCUGAAGCAAAGACCACCCCAAAACCACCACCUAGGCCGAAGCAAGUCAAGAGAUACCAGAAGUCACACGUAUUGAGGGUUCAAGAAAAACAAAAGAGACUUGAUACAAGCACCCCACAGAAUGACCAGCAGGGACAGUUAAAGCCGCAUUACAACACAUACACCCUAAGACUACGCCUUCAAAGUCCUAUUUCGGGACACAAGAGAUGUUACUUAAGACAGCAGUUGCCCUCUCCACCAAAGAUCCUCGUGGUGUCCUUCAAAGUCGAUGGUAGUUUUAAUGCCAAAUCGCUUCCAGUCACGUACCCUAGACGGAUAUGUGCAUUCAUCCAGCCAGGACAAAGGUACCCUGAGUUUAGACUGCCCUCGCCGCUGGUAAUUUUCACAGGCACAUCCUUUAUCAGAAAUCCAGAUGAAGUCAAGAAAAUAUAUGCGGCCACUGCUCCCAAAGCAGAGUACGACCUGAAAUCAAUAAAACUGAAAACAAGUCAAUAUCAAUACAUUGCAGUGUACAAUAGUCCACCGAUAUUCAGACAGUUGAAGGUUCCUAUGGAUAUUACUUCAGCUGUGGUCAGUUUUGAUAUGACAAGAAUGGGAUUCCUUUACCACUUCACUGUCAGGUUACCAAUGACUCUUCGCAGUAGAAACAUUAUGGUGGAGGAUUAUCUGCCAAGGGACCUUACCUCCUUAAAGGUGCAUCCACAACCCUUUGUUCGAAGGGGAUGAAUGUAGCUCAUUUGAGAAGAUAGAAUGCGUCACAGCCCAGGUCCUCCACACAUGUUACUGGCACGUUGUACAUAUAACACUAUUCCAGAUCAUUCGAUACAAACGUGCGUGGAAUGGUUUACACAGUGCACCCCAAGCUUCCAGGCGAUUAGACUGAGAGCGUCUAUAUACAAAGGGGCAUUACUCCUUUUGAAAAUGUGUCAUUACGGUUGUUAGGGAAGACCAUGUGAUUGUCAGGGGCUUGGAACGCUUUGUUCCAGAACGAAAAGUGACAAAAAAUGUUCUACCACCAAAAACUGUUGCUGGACGCUUAAUGUCCUGAUAAAAAUAUCUUGAGAAUGUUAUUAGAUUGAUCGGCUACUCCCAAAAUCCCCACCCCCUCCCUACCCCCUACCCUCAGAAGACCCGAUGGUGGUUCACUUUUGGGGGUUAACGCAUUGCUGAUAACGGUAUUCAUCAUGUAUACAGCCAGAUGGAGUGUUAUUAGGAAUAUUGUUGUCAUUAUGAUGAAUCAUUGUAUAUUUUUCCUGUGAAUAGUGCAAUAAUUGUAUUCCAGCUUUAUGAUUAGACCAUAUCGAAAGAUGUUAAUGUUUUUAAUUUAUGUUUUAAAGUCGGGAUGAAAGGUUCCCAGGUGUAUUAUAUUUGCAGCAGAUGUAUCAGUUUAUUAUUCGGAUUUUGGUGUCAAAUUGUAGACAUAGCUUGAGUAGAAAUAGUAGACUGAAUAGUCAUGGUGUUCGUGGCUCUCUUUCGAAGCCUAAGAUACAUAUGUAAAGUAUGAUAGUCUUACAGCCAAUGGAACUUGUUUCGAUGGAUCAUCGAGACUGAUUUCUGGAGUUAAGGGUUUAUAUUUAAAUUUCCAUGCUCAUUCAUCCAACGUUGGAUGCAUCACAGGUGACACUUGUUUUCACACCACAAUGAGCAUUAAUAUACAUGGGGAUAGCAGUGUGUCUCACUAUGAUUCUUUUCUUCGUCGGAUUGGUGAGCUGUGUCCAUCGAUAUUGUUUUAAUCGUCGUAUAAACAUUAUAAAUAAAUGUUCUUUUCUCAUCAAUGAUUAUCAAUUAUAAUUAUUUUCCCCUAACACGCACCUAGAGAUGUAAUGCCAGUGAAUAGACAUCAAUGAAUGGUCUACGCGUUUAGUGUUUUAACUUAUAGAAUUUCCUUUCCCAUAUGUCACAUUACACAUGGCCAUGUAUGCCUAACCAUAAAGUUAUCAAAAGUGCUUUGUAUCACGACCCGUGCCAUAAUCAUCUAAGGCAACGAAAUUCGAUGUGCAGAGUUGCGUCCCUUGGGCACGAUAGGAAUCUAUGAUCUUGGUCAUCAUACCCGUGUUCGUGGGUUCAAUGGUUAACGUCUGAGGCAUCAUUACUUCGGUUUUUCCGCCAUACAGGAUGAUACGCCGUGAUAUAACUGAAAUACUCUUCAAAGCGGCGUUAAACCCAACUCACUCACUCACUUGUAUCACAAAUUUGACACAAACGAGUUGCUGAUACCAACGAACGCAUAAAGAAUAUGUUGCAACCUAGACUUCUAUAUCAACUGGAUAGCCCUAUUUCAUUUUUGCUAUCUUUAAUAAAUAUAUCGAAUUUAUGGAAAACACUGCAUUGACAGAAUAAAUGAAAUCCGAAAGACAAAAGGCUAUGGUGUUCAAAUAUAAUAAUUUAUUUUUCACGGUGAUACGACCAUCCCUCCUAACGUUAAAGACGUCAUAGCGUCAGUUAUCAUAUAAUGGAUAGUCUUAUAGAUGCAGUAAGCCAGCCCGAUAAACUUGAUUUAGUUACAUUUGCAAAUGAGCUCACCUAGCAUGAGCUAUUUUUUGAUAAGCUACAAACACCGAUAUGAUGCGCUCGGGCGAAAUAAACUAUUGCCUAGAGUUCCGAGAUAGUUCCGACGUGUGAGGGAUUCUGUAAACAAACAUGGCUGCAAAUCACCUGGCAAUAUUGUAUAAAUGGGGCGAUUCACUAAUGCAUUGUAUUCAUACGCUGGUUGUAAAGUUACUUCAGUGAGUGACCAUUUAAAGAAUGAUUUUAAAAUGAUAAAUUUAUUAUAACCCGUGUUUCCGUAUCGUAAAUAUCAUGCAUUAAGAAUUAAAAAAUAUGUUUUUAAGUAUGCCACCACCAUCAACACCUGCCCCACAGGCGUAUCUGCUCCGACUCAUGCCCGAGGUUCCCCGAACUUUCUCGAGCUUCAUGCUCGGGGACCAUUCGUCACUACUCGCCCCUUUCCGUAACCUGCAAGAAGUCGGUUUGUCCCGGAAUAACACGAGUUGUUCACGAAUGGCUCGGGGACCUCUCCUCGUUGCGGUGUGACCCUAUAUCCUACCUAUUUGUCUACGAUAUUGACAUGGAUAAUUAUUACUUACGUGAUACCUCAGAUAUACACAUGACCACUCUCCAUAUAUGAACUUUUUAUAUAUUUUUCUUUCAUAGUUUCCAGGAAAACACUGGUUUCGACUAUAACGACGUCUUAUCACACAUGUACAUCCAGACAAUGUUUAUAAUUUGCUUCCUUCUUUUGUAAUAAAAUGGUAGAAAAUUGA